UAAUGUCAACGUAAAUCAACAUAUGCAUAAAUUAGGCAUAAAUGCCUAAUAACCCUGUUUCAGAAAACAAGUGCACCAGAAUAAACUAAAGAGAACUAAACUACUACUAAAGAGCGUCAUCGUGACGCGCUGUCCCUUUAACAUCUGAGCCGAUUUAAGUGGGGCCAGCAUGUUACAGUUCUCCUCCCCUUAAUGGAUUAUUCACAAGUUCAGUCCCUCAAGACUUCUGAACGAACCGUUUGACAACAGGCCGUAGACUCCAUCCAAAGCGGACCCAUGGGUUUUGCGCUUGUUUUGUUCGUUCGAGUUCAGUUGAGGAGCGCAACGGAUGAAAUAUAGGCCAAUGUGAAGUUACGGGCGAGAUCAGUGUAGCCAAUGGAUACGUUCAAAGACGACUAGAAAGACCGUAACGAAAUGCUUGGCUGGUUUUCUUUAGGUAGCAGCUACCGCGGCGAAUCAAGGUAACAUUUUGUUAAAAUGCCAUAUAAUGAAUAGAUACAUUUCUUAGAUACAAGUCGAUACCUAUACGGUCUGGCGAUUCAAACUAAGAGGGAUGGACAGAACAAAGUAGUACGCGUUCUCUGGCGCGGACUUCUGCGAGCUGACGCUUAAUGGUGCGCUAGUAGUCAGUUGUUUGGAGGCGCUGCAUCAUCAUGGUGGUCGAGAGGACACUUCUCGCAGCGAGGCAAGGGGACGUGCAAACUCUGAAAGUGCAGUUAGCGGAGAAAGUGCUCAACGGCGAUGUGAAAGACGUGCUGGGAGCGACUCCCGUACACCACGCCGCGCGAGCGGGGAAGCUCACCUGUCUGCGGUAUUUGGUUGAGGAAGCGGGUUUACCGGCGAGCAGCCUGGCGAGAAACGGCGCGAGCCCUGCGCAUGACGCCGCGGCCACGGGAAACCUGAGCUGCCUUCAGUGGCUCGUGACGCACGGAGGAUGUCGAGCGGCCGGUAAGGACAGCUCAGGAGCCACUGUUCUGCACCUGGCUUCUCGCUUCAGCCAUCAUGAGAUCAUUGAUUGGCUGCUGAAAAGUGGGGAAGGGGAUCCUACUGUUGCCACGGAAACGGGGGCAUUGCCUGUUCAUUAUGCUGCAGCUAAAGGGGACUUACCCUCGCUCAGGCUGCUACUGGAACACAGCCCACAAGUUGUCAAUUUCCAAACUAAGAACGGUGCCACACCACUAUACCUUGCAUGUCAGGAGGGCCACCUGGAAGUCGUCCAGUACCUAGUCAAGGACUGCGGGGCGGAGCCAAGUAUCAGAGCCAAUGAUGGGAUGACACCGUUGCACGCUGCUGCCCAGAUGGGACACAACACUGUCAUUGUCUGGCUGAUGAGUUUCACAGAAAUCAGCCUGUCUGACAGAGACAAUGAUGGGGCCACUGCCAUGCACUUUGCUGCCAGCCGCGGCCAUGCCAAGGUUCUCAGCUGGCUGCUGCUUCACGGUGGAGAGAUAGUGAUGGACAGCUGGGGUGGGACGCCUCUUCAUGAUGCAUCCGAGAACGGAGAGCUGGAGUGCUGUCAGAUUCUGGUGGUGAAUGGAGUGGAUCUGGGCAUACGGGACCAGGAUGGAUUCUCAGCAGCAGACCUGGCUGAAUACAACGGGCAUCAGCAGUGUGCCAAGUACCUCCGCACUGUCGAAAACAUGAGUGUGGAGCACCGAGUCUUGUCCCGGGACCCUUCGGCAGAUCUGGAGUAUAAGCAGCCAGACUCAGGCUUGUCCUCUCCGAACGCCACCCUGCCCACCCCAGCCCCCACCACAGCCCAUUUCGACAUCUGCUCGCCCUCCAGCUCGCUGUCCAAUUACGACUCAGCAAACUCCAGCCAAUCCAGUACUGGAGAGAAAAGGAGCGCCACGCCCCCCUCACGAGUACAGACAGACUCGACCAUUACAGACAUGCAGGCCUAUAUGGACAUGCUGAACCCCGAUGUAGCAGAUGGUUCCCAGAAUGCAAAGGAACAUCCAGCACACCUGCCGCCCCCUCCAACAUUCCCCUCCCCUCCUCCAUCAGACUCUACCUACAUCCCCCCUCCUCCACCUGCCUACCCCCCACCCAAACCACCAGAGGAGGAGGUGUCCGCUGAGUACCUGAAAGUGAAGAGGAACCUGCGCAGAGUGGACAAUGAUGUAGUCAAAAAAGAGCUGAGUCCUGGCGAGGGCCACGAAAGGCUUCGAAGAGUUGACUCUAAUCGAAAGUCCCGUAGCUUCAGCAAGCAGCCCAGCACUGGGGAUUACUACAAAACCCUGGGUAGCGAUACCACAGACCAGCACCCCAACAGAGCCAUGGCACCCAACGAGGAGGGUUCUGCACUGUUGGAGGAAGCGGCAGACACAGCGCCUGCUCCUGAGAACGGAACGGGAAACACAGAGGAUCUACCCCUUCCUCCUCCACCACCUCCUCCACCCGCCAGCACCUUCAUCCCGACUCCUCCUCCUCCUCCACCUCUUCCUUCAGAGCUGCCCCCUCCUCCUCCACCCAGCAGCUCUGCACCAGCCCCUGCCCAGCGCCGCAUGUCUUCCUCCUCCAGCAAAGGGGAUCUCUCCUCUACGCGUCUGUCUCCCUCUGUCACCCCUGCUCCAGAAACACUUCGACAGAGGAAGAGCAAUAAAUCCUUCAACAUGAUGUCCCCCACUGGAGAUAAUUCUGAGCUUCUGGCCGAAAUUAAAGCUGGGAAGAGUCUGAAGCCAACACCUCAGAGUAAAGGCUACACGACCGUCUUCUCUAACAGCGGCACAACAGGGAACAAUGGUGAACGUCCGUCAUCGCCGCCAGAGCCUCUGCCAAAACCCCCACCCAACAACACCCAGUCUGCAAAGCCAGAGUCUCCACCACCUGCUUGCCCACCCACACCACCCACUCCACCCGCUCCCACGACCAGCGGCGGGUCGCCCCAGAACCUGCCCACCUCACUGAGCAGCGAAAAGCUUGCCGUCAACGGGAAUACUGCUAUCCAGAGCAAGUCCAGCGUGGUGGACGUGGAGAGUCUGGUGCCCACACACGACGAGCAGGGCCGAGCUAUCCCUGAGUGGAAGAGACAGGUGAUGGUGAGGAAACUACAGGUGAAGAUGCAGGAGGAGGAAGAGAACAAGAAAAAGGCUGAUGAAGAGGCGGCCCGUUUGGCUUCAUUGCCUGCCUGGAGGAGAGAUAUCAUGAAGAAAAAGAUGGAAGAAGAAAAGGAACAGAAAAGAAAAGAGGAUGAACGACGGCGAAUGGAAAAAGAGAAUGAGGAGAAGUCGGAACUGGAGCGACUACGAACGCUGGGCUAUGAUGAAACCAAGCUGGCACCUUGGCAGAGGCAGAUUAUUUUAAAGAAAGGCGACAUAGCAAAACAGUAGUAAACUCCCGGUGAGCCCAUCCCCAGCCCCACGACCCCCGCGCCCCACUCUUGCACAAGUCUCUGUUGACGUAUAAAACGUAGGACACUGUUCAGAAUCUGCCAGACCCUUUAGACACAAACCACGCUUGGGUCACCAGACAGCGUUCUGCUCGAUUACCGCUUCAGCGUCGCUUCGUCUGAGUCUCGGUGCAUUGAGCUCUGAAGAUACACUAAAGAAUAAAAGAUUUACGAAAGUAAUGUUUUUACUGCGGUCAGGUCUUACGCCUACGAUUGUUUCAUUGUUUUCAAAAUCAGCCGGUUAUUUCAUUUUCAAACAUCUUCAGCGUUCCCCACCUGAUUCGUUAGCUUGUUUUACAUCUCAUUUAAAUCUCUAGUAAUAUGUUCAAUUAUAAAUAGAAAAUAUAAGUCAAGGAAAUCACGUGUACUCUGCUUGAAAGCUUGUUUAAAUGGAUUUUAUUUUAUCUGUUAAGUAUGAUAGUCCUGAACAGGUGUUAUGGCACAAUGUAUUCUUACAUAAAGUAAGUGACACUUUGUGUUAUGGUGCAUCUAUGUUUCUUACAUAAAAAUGCUAUUUGGAAAUGCUAUAUAUAGAUAUACAUAUAUCAAUAUAUAGCAAAUGCAAAAAAGAAGCAUUUUGCUACUAGCCUCUUUGCACUGUAGACUGUAUAUAUACUUCACCAAUGUUUUACCAAAAGGUGGCGUCAGAGAUUAGAAGGUAUAAUUGGCCAUAUUAAUUAAGUCUUCCCAAACCACAAACCUCAGAAACAGACACCGUUGAAUUAUGAUUAUAAAAACCCACAAUAGCGCAAGAGAAGCCAACGUCUUAAAUAUUCUAUUGCAUCUAAUGGUCUAAACAAGUAAACGAAAAUCCCUGUCACCCUUUGUAUUGAGAUUUACACAGACGUUUACACUGGUGGGGGAAAUGAUGUCGAUUAAAAUGUCAUGGAAUCGUGACAGUGUAUUCAGCCAUGCUGCGCUCCCCAGAAAUGAAGCUGUCUUUUCCUUCUCUGCUUGGCAACUGUAGCUUGUUCUUUAUUGUUCUCAUUGUUAAUGUGUUUAGAGUAACUAGACAUCAGAAAAGUGCCGGAUGUGAAUCUGUAUGUGUGUGCGCAUGUGUGAGAAAGUAUAUGUGUGCGCAUAUGUACGCAUGCAUAUAAAUGUAAUAUGUCUAUCCUGUGUCAUUCACUGUGCAAUGGGUAGAGUUGAUGUAUUUUGAGUGUUUUUUUUUUUCUGUACAACUGUUAAAAAAUGACAUAAGUUACAAGUAUAAGUGAUAAGCAUGGUCCUCUUGAGUUUGGGAACAUUCUGCUUUCGUUUUAUCAGAUGCCAUAAUGAUGCUGAAAACAAAGAUGUGAACGUCAUUGCCAUUAGAACAUUUUCUAUUCAUAAUUACUCAUUUAGAAAUACUUAUCAACUCUUAUUGGCCAAUAAUAUCAUGGUCAGUUACAUGUUUUUCCUGUUUCCAGCCUGGCUUUCAUAGGCAGACUAUUGUAAACUUUCAUUUUCCCAAUGGCAACAGUAAUGUAAUAAAAAUCGAAACAACA